AUGGCUGGAACAGUUUUGUGUGUGGCAAAUAUACUACAACUAGUAGGUGUUGUGUCUCCGGAAUGGGACUUAUUUGAUACACCGUACCUCGGCUCCAAAAUUAGACUUUAUCAGAAUCUAUGGACGAUCCAUGAUGAAAUAAAUGAUACAGCUAUUCGUGAGGGAUUGGUGCCACAACUGUUAAACACUGGCUGGAAAGCAGUUAUCGGGAGAUUAGAGGUCAGUGCGUUGUUGACCGGCGUCCUUGCUCUAGUUUUGGUCAUCAUCACAUCUAUUACGAAAAUAUCGUCAAGGCGACAGUUCUUCCUGGUCACGUGCUUCCUUUUAGCAGCACUGCUAUCGAGUUCGUCUGCCAUCACUGCCAUAUUUGGAGUUCGUAUUUACACACACAGUUACAAGAGCAUUCUAAGCGUUGAGGCUUUUAAUCCAGACAACCACGUGCCAACAGAGCGAUAUGUGCUGUCUUGGGGAUUGCAUAUGUGUUACGCAAGCGGAAGUUUCUAUAUGUUGUCAGUAAUCCUUAUCAUUGUCAACAUCAUCAAAUCUAUUGUAUCAAAAUCCACAGUGUCGCCAACUUCCGACAAUGGAAAUUUUUCAGGCUUAGAACACAUGCGGUCCAAUGCCAAGUUUGAGGAUGACAAUGGACAGUCUGCAGGCUUAAAAAACGUGAGGCCUAAUGCCAAGUUUGAGGAUGACAAUAGACAGUCUUCAGGCUUAGAACACAUGAGGUCCAAUGCCAAGUUUGAGGAUGACAAUGGACAGUCUGCAGGCUUAGAAAACGUGAGGUCUAAUGCCAAGUUUGAGGAUGACAAUAGACAGUCUUCAGGCUUAGAACACAUGAGAUCCAUUGCCAAGUUUGAGGAUGACAAUGGACAAUAUUCAGACUCAGAAAACGUGAGAUGGGCUUCCAAGUUUGAGGAUGACAAUUGA